AUGAGUGAAGUGACACAUGGUCGGAAGAGCAUCUCUUUGCUUUCACUUCCAAGCGCUGAGAACUCCAAGAUCCCGAUUCUCCGACGUAAGCGCCAACUACAAUUGCAGAAAUCGCAACCAUGCAGCUCCCGUCACAUUGAACAUGCCAUCUCUACACCAAACCUUGGCCCCACGGGUCUGAGUUCGAGUCCCGCUUCAUGGAAGGCAGUGGCAGCAGCAACAGAUGCAGUGGUGGUUGAACGCUGUUCACGUUGCGGUCUACCCGAUCUUACCACCAUCACAACAACCAUUAAUACCGCCUCUACUCUGGUGACCUCCGUCUCACUUCCCUCUCUUUCCUCUCUCGAUCCCGCUAAUGGUACUCCUUUUGUAUUGGAAAGCUCUUCACUGUCGGAUUAUGCCGGAGUACAAUUUUGUGGCGGUUGUGUUAGUAGCAGACCUACUAUGCGGCGUCUCAAGCAACAGCGUCGACACAAGGCUAUCUUCACUCGUAGGCCUAAUUCUAGUUUGGUGAACUUCAGCUCACUCUCCGACCUCUUCAUCCAUUCCUGUCAUUGCGACAAGACAAACCCCUUAACCCGAAGCCAUCGAAAGCCACAUAGCGCAUCUCCAGAGCUGUGCACUACCGCCACUUCAUGCAUCACGGACUUCAACAGGUCACGUCGUGAGGCCUCAAACCCCCUUACACUGCCCUCACUUUCUGAGGAUCUCCGUGAUCAUGAGAUUGGCCCAGAAGCGGACAAGGCAUCACCACGUCAUCAUGACUCACACGAGACGGUAGGGGAAUUUUCGGUUGCCGUGGCAACAACAUCGUCGCCUCUGCAGCCGGAAGGUGAAUGGGGAAGGAGGAAUGAAGAAAUGAAUAUUGCUGACACCACCGAUGGUCCGACUGCUGUGGCUCAUUGGGUUAUGCGAAAUCCAGAUAAAGGAAUUGCGUUAGUGCAGAAUAAGAUCACGCAAGAACUGGUUCAAUGGGUGUUAAUCCACCCAGAAGACGGCCUCGCUCUGAUCCGUCUCUUACAGGAGAAUGGGGAAGAGGUCGAGAUUGAGGAUCGCCGUUCCCUCUCUCAAACUUUCAUCAUGAUGAACGGAGAAGAGGAAAAGAAACUAUCAAAACGGCAGUCUACGGAGCAGACCCGACCCGUAACCUCCGCCAAUUCCACCGACUGUCUCACAAACGUUGUGGCGUCAUCAACAUUGUUCGUGGGAGGAGACCGUCUGGUGAAUGCCUUUGCACCUGGCACAAUGACCUUUGUGGUGCUGAAGGAGCAUUUGAAACAACACGUUCUCUUGCCACCUACUUUUAAGGGUCAUAUCUACUCGGAUUUUUCCCAACUGCCAGUUCCCUUUCCCUACUUCUCCAAUCCUACAGUGCGAUCCUCCAGUGUGCACCUUGUCAUCUGUGUGCAUGGACUUGAAGGUAACUGUCUGGACCUGCGAUUGCUGACAAUGUAUCUACAACUGGCUCUACCUGAUCAUCCACUGGAGUUUCUUAUGUCCGACAGCAAUCAUGAAGACACUUUUGGAUCGUUGGAGCAGCUCCGUGACAACCUAGUCCAAGAGAUCCUCGAGCACAUUCAUUCAAUGCCGGAAAAACCCACUCACAUCAGCUAUUUCAUUAAUUCAUCCGUAAACCAACCAUCUCCUCCUACACUCAUCCCUCUGACUAUCUGCGAUUAA